AGAAGAAGAGGAAGAAGAAAAAUCAUAUUUUUUUGUACCAGCAUAUGUUUUUCUAAUAAUUGUCUCCGAAAACAUUUUACUUAUCUCGGAUUUUUAUCAUAGUAGAAUGGCAUUUUUAAAGAUUGCGUAGAAGCGUCUGAUACAACAUGCAAUUUCCGCAAAAUUCAAUUUACAUUGUAGCUCUGUGUGCAUUCUUUUUGAAUUGCUAUUGCGAUAAGAAUGAUGUCAUACCACCUGAGCUUUCAAAAAUAGAAUCGUUCUUCUUCGAGUUUGGAAAAAAAGAUUUAGUUAGUCCAGUGGCAGAGAUGGAGGAGAAUCAAUCAUUUGCCAUAUCACAGUCAUACAGUUAUAAAGAACCAGAUGAACGAAAUACUCAGGAAGCAAUUUUCUACAAACGUUUGAUUGCCAUAUUAUUAUCAAAGCUUAAGAUGCAAAGAACUGAUGAUAGAUUAGCUGGAACGCUUAAUAUAGAAGUGUUUUCUUCGGAAUUUGAAUACUUGCAGAAUUUUGUGAAUGGUCAAGGUUCUAUCAGAGAAGUUGACAGAAUUCUUGUCAAUACGAUAACACAAUCUGAACACUCAGUAUGCGAUUAUAUGGCUGAUGCUUUUUAUUAUUUCAAUUUACUUUUGAGUAACACAGAGUAUUUGACACAUUAUACAUCAUUUAUGAAAAACCACGAAGCAGAAAUUAAAUUAAUGGCAGCACAAACACAAUUUAUAGAAAUGCCAAUUGCUUGCGAGCCACAUAAAAUGAGUCUUUGGGACAAGAUACAUGGAAUGUUUUCUUCUACAAAUGAUUGUGAAAAAUACUAUGAAACAAUUAUGACGAAUCCUAGACUGCAAGUGACACCAAUGCUUGUAAUGACUCAUAUGUUCAGUACGGCUAUUUUGCCUUUAUCAUACUUGGGACUUCUUAUAUCUGAAUUUAUAGAUAAUGCUACCGGUAAACUAAACUUUUUGAACAGGUUUAUUAUCACAAUUGCUUUGUUCUUGAGCAUCUGCAUAUGUAUAAUAUUGAUACCGUUUUCCUGGAUUGGCGGAUCUAUUAAUUUCGGUUUUGGACCAUUCUUCAGAUUUAUACUGCAAGGUAGACAAAAUUCCAACGAAAAUCAAGACCGCGUUGAGCGGGUUUACGAGAGAGCUUCCAAAAAAAAAUUGAAAGAAUCAAAAAAAAUGAAACGAAUCAUGUUGGAACAAAAUAAUGAUCUUGCUGGAGGCGAUGCAUCACGGAAUAGAAUAGAAAAAUGUCAGUGUGAAAAUAAAAAACCAGAUUUAGAUGUGGAAUGUGUCAAGAAAGAAGAGAAAGAUUACUAA